UAUUACUACCCAUUAUUUGCGUCUCCGGUUCUCGGUCCCGGAGCUGCGACAUCUCCUUGACGGCGCCCGAUUAUUUGGUCAUCCGGCAGCGUGGAUCCUGAGUUCCGUCGAACCCCGAGAGAGAGACGGGGAGGCAGCGGUCGGCUAGAUGGGAGGGGGCAGGAGGAGGCGGGGCUAGUUAUUAUGUUGCGCCGGAUCCUGGCUCUGCUCGUUCAUCCAUUUUUGCCCCCCGGUUCUGGAACUCUCGGUAGCGGUGGCAUGUUCUAUGCGGUGCGGAGAGGCAGGAAAAUUGGAGUGUAUCCCACUUGGAAGGAAUGUAAAGAACAAGUUGAUAAAUAUCAACAUGCCAGCUUCAAGAAGUUUGCAACAGAGAAAGAAGCUUGGGCUUUUAUAAAUGAAGAGUCAACAGAAUCAUCCAUUUCUUUAACAGGCCUUGGUAAUACACCUGAAAAGCAGAAGAAUAAUAGCCCUUGGAGUAACAAGGCUACAUCUCAGUCAGAUUAUACAAGAUCGUACAAAAGACCACAUGAAGAGCUUUCAGAGAACAAAAUUACGAAUAAGCGUGUAAAAUAUACAGAAGUUCCUUAUACUCCUUCAGCAAAUAAGAAUGAAUUCGUAUAUAUAGGCGAUUACACAGUUGUUUAUACAGACGGAUGUUGUUCGGGUAAUGGGCGCCUUAAAGCACGUGCUGGGACAGGUGUAUAUUGGGGACCUGAUCAUCCUCUAAAUAAUAGCGAAAGACUUCCUGGACGGCAAACAAAUCAAAGAGCUGAAAUACAUGCAGCUUGCAAGGCAAUAGAACAAGCAAGGAGUCAAAAUAUCACAAAACUGGCAAUCUAUACUGACAGCAAAUUCACCAUUAAUGGUAUGACAAACUGGAUCCCAAACUGGAAGACUAAUGGUUGGAAAACCAGAGCAGGAAAAGAAGUUACAAACAAAGAAGAUUUUGAAAGGCUUGCUAAGCUUUCAGAAGGCAUGGACAUCCAGUGGAUGCAUGUUCCCGGUCAUGCUGGCUUUCCUGGAAAUGAAGCAGCUGAUCGAUUAGCAAGAGAAGGAGCUGGAAAAUCAUUAUCUUAGCAUUUUAUAACCUAAAUACUCCACAUAGUGAUAAGAAUGAAGAUUAAGAUUAUUUCACGUUAAUUUUUGUUGAGUCUCCCUUUGCUUUAGAAUAAAAGAUGCAAAAAUUUGGCUUAAACAGUGAAGAAUGUAAAUGCUUUUUAUAUUUCCUAUGUGUUGCCAGAGCAUCUCCUCCAUUUCUCAAUCUUUGUCUAAGAGUUGAGUGUUUGCAUCAUAUUAAUUAUGUAAAAUAGCAAAUUGGGAAGUGUUAAAAAGUAUAUAUGGAAAAUACACAAUAUGUCAUUUCUUGUUAACUUACUUUAAUCUUACUGUCUUUACAAGACAAUAGAUAAAGGAAAGUACAAUUCAAAAUCAAAAUUACUAGAUCACAAUAACCUUACCCAAUAAAGUGCAAACUAUAUGUAAGGUCAGUGUUCACCUUUUCUUAAGUAGAUUGCUUGAGAGCUUCUAAUUUACAUAAAAUUAUUAUUGGUGCUGGCAUACCUAAUAUAUAAUGCUGGCACAAUAAGCUUUGUUUGUUAUU